AUGCCGGUGAGAGUGGCAGAGAGCUCCGCCCCUUCUCAACUUUCAGGUUCAAAUUGUGGACAGACCUCUCCCCCAGCUUGCUCACUUUUAAGCGUUGGACAGGCCUUCUCCGGCACUCAGAAUGUGUCUAGUCUGCAAAAGGACGAAGCUUGGAGAGUAAAUGUUCGUAUACAGGGCUGUGACCUUGAACAUGGUUAUCUAUGUGGAACCAUGGAAGCCCUUAAUGUUCCUAUGGCAGACACACCGGUAGUUACCUUUUGGGAAGGAGAGAUCGUUGACACCAAGAAUUAUACUUUCUUCACUGGAAAAUGGGAAGCAACACCAGAGGAUGAUAUAAGACACUGGACCAAAUUUCCUUCUUUUUCGGCUCUACAGAGCCAUGUGGAAGUUGAUGGCGGAAAAUCAUUAGACCUGAGUAACUAUCAAUACAUAUUCAUGAGAUGGAAAGAGCAAUACUUUGUGAAUGUUGGCACAGACUGUGGGCUGACUAUAGCUGGCUUUUACUAUGUCUGUUUCUCGUGUAGUGAUGGCUCCAUCAAUGGUUUCUAUUACGAUCCUAACAGCAGCCCAUUUCAGAAGCUUGAGCUGAAAUCCACUAACGAGGGGAGACAAGGUUUCAGCUUUUCAUCAUACGAGCUGCGAUAG